AUGGGUGUGAGAGGCUUGCAGGGGUUUGUGGCAAGCAGCUGCCCACGUGUAUGUACAGUAGUGAAUUUCAAAGAGCUGGCCGAGCAGCACCAAAACAAGCAUCCCGGAUGCACUCCCACUGUCGUGGUGGAUGCCAUGUGCUGUCUCCGGUACUGGUAUAUCCCUGAAUCAUGGGUUUGCGGUGGCCAGUGGAAGGAAUACUUUUCUGUCUUGCGAGAUUUUGUGAGAAUUUUUACGGAUGUUGGCAUCAAGUUGGUAUUCUUCUUCGAUGGUAUGGUGGAGAAGGAGAAGAGAGAUGUUUGGGUGAAACGGAGACUCAAGAACAACAGGGAGAUUGCCAGGAUUUUCCAGUAUAUAAAGAAGCACAGGGAGCAGCCCAGCAGGAGCAUGUUCUUCAUCCCCUCGGGGCUGGCCAUCUUCACACGGUUUGCUCUGAAGACGCUGGGCCAGGAAACACUGUGCUCCUUACAGGAGGCUGACUAUGAGGUGGCUUCUUACGGCCUCCAGAAUAACUGUCUAGGGAUCCUCGGAGAAGACACCGACUACUUAAUUUAUGAUUCCUGUCCCUAUUUUUCAAUCAGUGAGCUCUGCCUGGACAGCCUCAACACCGUCAUGUUCUGCAGGGAGAAGCUCUGUGCAAGUCUUGGCCUCUGCCUGGCAGACCUUCCGCUUCUGGCCUGCCUGCUGGGCAACGAUGUUGUCCCAGAAGGCAUGUUUGAAAACUUUCGGUACAAGUGCUUGUCCUUCUAUACCUCCGUGAAAGAGAACUGUGACAGGAGAGGCAGCAUCAUCUUAGCUGUAGCAGACCACAUAGCUAAAGUUCUUCGGGUGUAUCAGGGUGAGAAAAAGCUGGAAGAGAUGUUACCUUUGGGACCAAACAAAGCUCUUUUUUAUAAGGGGAUAGCAUCAUAUCUUUUACCAGGACAGACAUCUCCAUGGAUUCCCCCAAAAGCCAAAGCUAUAACAACUUUGCACAAGCAGGUAGUAUCCGUGGGUUCAGACCCUGAAUCCAAGCAACAAAGUCCUGAGAGUACAGAUUCUGAAUCCAAGCAAGAAAGUCCUGAGAGUUCAGACCCUGAAUCCAAACAAGAAAGUUCUAAGAGUACAGAUUCUGGAUCCAAGCAAGAAAGUCCUGUGUGUACAGACCCUGAAUCCAAGCAAGAAAGUCCCAUGUGUACAGACCCUGAGUCCAAGCAGGAAGACCCCAUGUGUACAGAUCCUGAGUCCAAGCAGGAAGUUCCCAUGUGUACAGACUCUGAGAUCAAGCCGGAAGUUCCCAUGUGUACAGACCCUGAAUUCAAGGAGGAAGACCCCAUGAAUAUGGAGCCUGAAAUCCAGCGACAAGUAACCAUGGUUACAGACACUGAAAUCUUAAAGGUUGCUAGAGCCCAGCACGUCCAUGCGGAGAGCUACCUGGUGUACAACAUCAUGGCCAGUGGGGAAAUUGAGUGCAGCAACACCUUGGAGGAUGUCCUGGACCAGGCCCUGCCCAGCCAGGCUUUCGUCUACCGCCCGGUGCGGCAGCGUGUCUACUCCCUCCUGCUGGCGGAUGGCCAAGACGGUGCCAGCUGCCCGCCCGUCCAGGAGUGGUUUGUGUACUCUGGGAACCCGCUGACACACCCAGACCUCGUCAGGCCUCUGCAGAUUAGCCUCCCAGGGGGAACGCCUAGUUUGAAACUGCUGUGGCUGAACCACGAGCCUGGGACCCAAGCACGGCGCAUGGAGGUGCUCCUCGCCUGCUUCGACCUCUCCUCCUCGAGUGAAGAGCUGCAGGCCGUGGAGAGCCCCUUCCAAGCGCUGUGCUGCCUCCUCUCCUACCUGUUUGUGCAGGUGGACACACUGUCCCUGGAGGACCUGCAUGCCUUCAUCGCUCAGGCUCUGUGCCUCCCAGGGAAGUCAGCUGGGCAACUCGCAGACUUACAGCUCGACCACGUGGACCCCAGAGCCGUGCAGCUGGGCUCCCUCCUGGUCCGAGGCCUGACCAUGCUGCUGCUGGUCAACAGUGCGUGCGGCUCCCCCUGGAGCACAAGCGACCUCAUGCCAUGGAACCUCUUUGAUGGGAAGCUAUUCCAUGAGAAGUACCUGCAGGCUCAGAAGGGAUACUCGGUGGAGGCCCUCGUGGAGCAGAACAGGGCGCUGUUUACCCACUUCCACCAGCUGAAGACCGUGGUGUGCAAGGCCUGCCAGCGGGAGGACCGGCGCAUCGCCAGCCGGCAGCUGUGGCAGCCGCUCCACUCAGGGAGGCGGGGAAGACCGGGAUCUGGUGCCCAUAGGAAGAGCUUCGGAAACAGCCGUUCGGACCAAGGACAGCACUGGAGAGAGCAGGGCCCAGGAAGCAAACAGCAGGAGCCGAACCCGUGGAGAAGGGGUCCCUCAUCUGGGUGGUCCAACUGA